GGUCGGGAUAAUUUCUGGGGUAAAUGUCGGAGGGUUUGUGUUGAGUCACGGUCCGGACACAUCCAUUGGUAUUAUAUAACCUCUGACAGGCAGCGUACAUUGUGCCGUCUGCGGUCUUCGGGUCCGAACUGUCAGAAUUUACUGCGACACAAAUGGGUGAAAAGAAGGAACAGAGCCCCGCUGGAGUUAAAUACUACAGACUGUCAGAGAUCGAGGAGCAGAACUCCUUCAAAUCUACUUGGAUCAUCAUCCACAACAAAGUCUACGAUGUGACAAAGUUUCUGGAGGAGCAUCCUGGAGGUGAGGAGGUGUUGAGGGAACAGGCUGGAGGAAAUGCCACCGAGAGCUUCGAAGAUGUUGGACACUCCAGCGACGCCAGAGAGAUGGCCAGCAGCAUGGUGAUAGGAGAGCUGCAUCCGGAUGACCGACACAAGAUCGCUAAACCCGUGGAAACUCUGGUGACCACUGUGAAGGAGGAGACCAGCUGGUGGUCCAGCUUGGUGAUCCCUGCCCUAGCAGCUGCCAUCGUCACACUGACGUACCGCAUCGUUACCUCAGACAGCGAGUGACAUCAUCAGACCUACAGCUGUGAUGUCAUCACCAGGCAACAGCAGCGCACCGAUCGAGGACCCUCCCAGCGUAGGUCGAUGAUUCUAGGCCAGACGAGACACCACCGAGGACGAGCAACCACUUUACAUUAAACUGUCUGUUCUAGCUUCACCGGCUCUACGCUGCUGCUGACGUCACUGCCAAAUACCCAGAAUUCAUUUCAUCCUGUUUAACCAACCAAUCACGUGGCAUUAUGAUGAAGAAGUCAUUCAUGAGUCAUUUUGAAUUAGAAUCUUGAUGAUCUGAAAUCUUGCACAGAUGUAUAAUUUGUUUUUUUUUUUUUUAUAUCUUUGUAUCUGAAUGUAACCGAGUUUAAAGGUGCAGCUAGCAGCUAACUGUCAUCCCACGUUUUAACUCUACAGUUCUGUGUUUGUGUUGGUCAGCGGGGCAGGACUCGGUUUGGGGUUUUACUUUUGAAUGGGACCACACUGAAAUAACAAGCUGGAGCUGAAACUUAUGCCUCCAUAACCCUGCAGGUGCCCUCUGAUCCAUCUGACCUCACACAUCUGCUCCUUCUGCUGGUUUAAUAAAAACACUGAAGACAAACUGAAUCAUCUGAAGGGAUGAGAUGAGCUCAUUGAUGCUAAUUUAAAUAUUUCUACAAACCUAAUGAGGUGAAAUUCUCCAUUAGAUUACAAAAAAACGACGUAGUAGGACAAAAACGCUCAAAUUCCAGCGAAAUCCAUCUUUUCUGAAUCAACCUGUGUUCUUUUAGUAAGAGUUAAAUGUGCAGCAGGAACAAAGAGUGCCUUUUCAAGACGCGUGUGCAGAGAUGGGACUGUUUGGACCUUGAUCCUCCUGCAGAUCUUACCAGUCCAGAACCAGAACAGACCCAGUCUGACUGUAACUGUGCAGCUGCUUUCUAAUGAAAUAAAAGUGAUUAACUUGU